UAAGCUGCUCGAGUUGAUUGGUUGAUAGCAUACCACGGUUAGAACCCGAUAGCACGUUUGCCGAGAUACGGUUAUCUAGCUCGAUAAAACUGAGGCACUGGACAAGGUACGUGCUAACAAGCCCAAGUUCUUACGAGCAAAGACAAGAUUCUAUAAACGACGGAACAGACCGCGUUUAUUUCUCCGAUACUUAAUUUACUCCUCUUGCCUAAGGAUAGCAGCCAGGAAAGGUCUAAUAUUCGUGCCCCCGAAAGCUGCGAUGGCAAGGACAUCUCUUGUUUUCGUACUGCUGCUGUUUGUCGCUAUUUCAAGUGACGCAACCAAGUCCCACUCCGCCAAACCAAAAGAAAGAAGACUCAGAAAUCUUUACUCAAACUCGCCUCAAUCAACAGAAAUUACAAAUGAUAAUCGUAAACUUGAUCCUUUCGGGAGCUGGUCGAAUUUCUUGGGCCACGCAACAAACUCAAGAAACAGUAAAAAAGGAGAUCGCGGAAAAGGCAAACCACGAAACAAAACACCAUCUACGAAAAAAUCCACCCAUCCUUGUCCCCCUGGACCACCCGGUCCUCCCGGACCCCAGGGUCCUGCAGGAGCUGUUGUUACUGAAGCGCAUAUGAUGAUGGAGUUUCGCAAUCUUGUGCGAGAGUCCGCACAGAAAAGAUCAAGAAGACUCGCAGAUAACAUAAGUCUGAUGGCGUCUGGAAUACCUGAUCUUGUAUCAGCUUUUCAUGUGGAACUACGGAAUGAGAUACAAAUCGCCAGGAAGACUCUACACGAGUUGAAUAACUACAAAUCACACGUUGGUAGUUUUGGGACGUUUGUACGUGGUAACGACAUUGAGUACAAGAAUGGACGGUAUAUCGCACGGUAUACUGGUGUCUACCAAUUCUCGUGCAGCCUUCACGUACUGCGCGCCAGAGAUGCUAACCUUAGACCACGUGACAGUAUCAAACUGCAAAUCUGUAUCAACUCGCUUUGUGACCACAACACAUCUCUGCUGACAGUGACGGGUGUGAACAGUAACAGCAAGGUCUUCACGAUUUCCUUACAUGGAAUUCUCUUGCUUAAGGCUGGUCAGUACACGUCUGUGUUUGUCGAAAACAGCUCCGGCAAUCCUAUUACCAUUUCCAGCCAGUCUUCUUUCUCUGGAAUCCUUCUUGGGGCUUAGAAUGAAACAGUAACUGAGCCAUGAUAGGUGUAGCAAUCAUUCCAGGCUUCAUGAUCAUGAAGAGACUGAGAACUAGUGCUAUAAAUCAUUAGUAAGCUAAGCUUGUAUAGAGAUUAUUAGAGGGAUGUUCGCAGUGUAUAAAGGGAGUCCUACAGAGAAAGUAUAAUAGACUUAGUCCUAGGAUCGAGUGAGAAAGAAACAAAGUAACCUUCUUUGACUUCCGGCGGAAGCUUACUGAACAACGCCUGAUACUUGAUAUGACUGAAUUAGAGUGAAGUCACUAAACCCGUGAAAUAGAUAUUAGACUAAUACACAUUAGUAGACCCUAAUUCCAUCGUUUUCUUUUUUCUAUUACAAUUUGAUUUAAAAAAAUUUUAUUUCACGGGUUAUAUGCCUUCACCCUAAUCAAGAUAAAACUAUAAGGUAAAAGGAGUAGAUCUUUUUUAGUAGCACAGGAUCGAAUUUAGAGUAACAUCGACAAUGGGGUAUAUAUAAACUGAGUGGAACACAGUCAUUUUGGAUCAAGUAGAUUGUUGUGAUCUUACACUUCAUACCUUUCUACGUUUCAUCAGUUUUUACCUCUGAUUUGCUUAGUCACUAGAGGCACUUAUAAGCACCUAGCUAAUAUAAUACAUCAAAAACAGGGAGUCUGGUAACGUCUCACCUCGCAAGGAAUUGUGGAUCGAAUGUUUUGGACUCCCAUAAUCCUAUGCGAUUCUAAUUCGUGGUAAGUCUUCUGGAUGUUUGUUAAUAGUUCAGAAUAAGAAGCUCUAGCUUGAACAAUGUAAAAUAGCUAUAUUUAUGCAAUCACUUAUUACCGCAUUUACCAGUAGCAAUUAUUGUUAAACUUUUAUGUGCAUGAUCUGCAUGCUACUCCCGUAGUCAGUGAUGAUAAUAAAUCGUUUUAAAAAACGUUUGGCACUUCGUGUAAAGUCCAAUCACAACCCACUACCAAAAAAAUGACAAUAACAUCGUAA